AUGACAGGUCGUCUAGUAAAGGCGGUUGUCCUCCUGGGAGUGGUGUGUGGAGCUGUGGCUAAUGGAAGCUAUGCUUCCCGCGGUGGAAGCUUUGGAGGCGGAGCUGUUGGAGGCGGCUUCUCCGGAGGAGCAGGAGGUUUCGUAGGAGGAGGCAACAUUAUUGGGGGAGGAGGAGCAGGUGUUGGGGGAGGCAGCUUCAUCGGAGGAGGCGGAGGCCAUGGCGGCUUCGGCGGUGGUAGAGUUGAAGCAAGUUACCUCGUUGGACACGGUGUACUCCCUGCUGGUGGCGCCGGCUACUCCGGAGGUGCUGUCGGAUGUCACGGUGGAAGUGCUGGAGGUUUCAUCGGAGGUGGAAGCUCUUUCGGAGGCUCCGGUGCGGGAGGUUCCUUCGGAGGUGUCAGCUCAGUAGGAAGCUCUUUCGGAGGAUCUAGUGUGGGAGGUUCCUUCGGAGUCCCCAUUCGCAGAGGAUCUUCCGGACAUGUAAAGGUGGCUGUCCUGCUGGGAGUGGUGUGUGGAGCUGUGGCUGAUGGAAGCUAUGCUUCCCGCGGUGGAAACUUUGGAGGUGGAGCUGUUGGAGGCGGCAUCUCCGGAGGAGCAGGAGGUUUCGUAGAAGGAUGCAACUUUAUUGGAGGAGGAGGAGCAGGUGUUGGGGGAGGCCAUGGCGAUUUCCGCGGUGGCAGAGUUGAAGCAGGUCAUCUCGUUGGACACGGUGUACUCCCUUCAAGCGGCGCCGGCUACUCCGGAGGAGCUGUUGAAGGUCAAAGCGGAAGCGCUGGAGGUUUUAUCGGAGGUGGUAGCGCAGUAGGGAGCUCUUUCGGAGGCUCCAGGGUGGGAGCUUCCUUCGGAGGCCCCGUUGAACGGAGUAUCCUCCGAACACAUUAG